UUUAGACCGGAAGGAGCAGAGAGGAUGAAGCGGACCGGUGUAGGAGAUGUUGGCCUCGCCUAGCCAGCCGCGUCAGUUUCCCGCUCCCGGGCUCCCGCGCACUACGUUCACCGUCUCGAUCCCUCUGUCCGCUUGCGCUGCUGCAGCGCAUUCUUCCCUCCCUAAACCCUCCGCGCACAGAUCGCUAUCCUUUCCUUUCCCUCCGUCUCUUGCUGGUGGCCCGCCGGGUUCACACUUGCUCUCGGAAUGCUGGCGGUCGCGUCCAAGGUCGUCGAGAUUUGGCAUGAGCAGCAGCUGCUGCCGUUGUUGUUGUUGUUGCUGCUGUUGUCGUUGACAGACAGCAUUUCGUUGCGCAGCGCCUCCGUGCAUACCGGCCGCGCAUCGUCUGCCUGUGCAGACGAGCUCCCCUGCGCUGCCGUAGAUAGGAAUCUCCCUUGAUCGCUUUCAAAAUAGGAAUCAUUUUUCUGUAGGGCACGCUCCCGAUAGGGAGAGGAGCGUCCACAGAUUCUCUCUCUCGUUGCACCGUCUCUUCGAGCUAUUUCCCGUCUCUUUGCUGCAAAUCUCCCAUUGUUGUCGUCGAGUUCGCGCUGCGUAGAGCGGGUGGUCGUCUCUGGGACGGAGGUCCUAAGGAACUUCUUGCUUCUCAAGAACUGGUUCUUGCUCAGUUUUUGAUGCUACCGGACGGGCAGUCGAUCGCGGCCUUGAGAACAGCUCAGAGCGAAUUGUCGUCUGCUUACGUGACUCCCACUGCAAUGUGAAGAAGCUCGUGCAAAUUCUGUCCACCCGUAGGCCGUCGAUGUAGGCGUUCAGCCAGGGGUCAAAUUCCUACUCUUUGUUUCCUUGAUUUCAUGGAAUUCUGCGUGUUUGUUCUCAACAAGCACCAGCAGUUGCGGCAUUGGAUCCCAGAGGACGAAAAGCAGAGUCUGCUAGUAUCAGCAGUCAACUCGCAUUUCCGCAGCAGUUCCGUGGCUCUAGUUUCGAAGUGAAGUCCGACCAGCUCUCCUGCUUGGCGAUCCUCGAUGCAAGAAGUUUGGUGGGUUCCAGAGCGUUAAAGUGUGCAGCGUCGGCGUAAGCAAAGUGAAGAGGUCAACGUCUUCCGAUCAAGGGCUGUUUUCACGACGGAGGCGAAGGAGCUACCCGUGAACAUUUCGGGGGUGAAUCAACAUGUGCGAGUAGAAUGCCGUUCUAAGGGUGGAGUCCUGAUUUGAUACUAGCAGUGGAGGUGGCUUUAUGCUAUCUGCAUCAAACAUUUGUACAGUGGGCAGGGACGUCGUGACUGCGCAGUCCGCGUUAGUGUUGCGAUUACAAGGAGAAGUGGAUGAUUGCAUUCGGCUUGGAAGUCUUGUAUUUGGGGGCAUCUGAUUGCUGUCUCCAGCCGAUCGACGCGAAUGUCUAACGGAAAGCGAAAGGAUAUAUUGUGGCAAAUGUUGCCUCCUCUGAUAUAAACUUCUACCCAUGCCACUGAGCGGGCCGCAGCUGCCCGAUCAUCUCGCUUCGAUUUGAUAUCCCUUUGCAUGCUGAUGUGGCUGCGUUGAUGUCUGCCUUUCGUCCGCAAGUGAGGGGACGCGUACAUAGGACAAUGCAGUAACCUGGGAAGUGCGGGGCCCGGACGCAAAAGAUUCUUGCGCAAGCUGUGCAUGGGAGUAGAGGCAUGGAGUCUCCAGACAGAAAGGACAACAUCCCCGCUCCCGUCGACCAGGGUUCCCCUUUCUUCAAGUAUCUGUGCAAUUUAUCUCCAAUCAAGUCCACGAGGCCUCGUCAUGUGGUUCAGACGUACGCCGAGCUCAGCAUGCCACCCCCGCCCGCUGUGUUUACGUCUCCACCCAAUCCAAACAAGUGCGGCGGAAGAGUGCGAAGAGGAUUGGGCGUCAGUAGUUUUGUUAGUCACAGCUCCUGGAGCGUGGACAAGGAGAACCUACCGAAUCACUCCUAUGUGUCCAGGAGCUACACCGCUGUCCAAUCUGAAUCUAGCCACGCUUCAUCUCAUGAUGCGUUAGCCUAUGUUUCGCAUCAGUCAACGGGUAUUAAGCAGGAGGUGGUUGACAAGAACGAAGAUGCUCCAUCAAAGUACGAAUACAGUGACGUUUCAGACUAUCUUACGGAACCUGUUGAGUCAGGACUGUACAACACCUCAAAGGCUUACUUUAUGGUCAAAACUUCUACAGUUUGCGAGGAGUUCGAGUUCCCCGGCGAGGAUCAUGUCCAUGUCGCCAGCCAAGAUGAGCCGUCUUCUUCCCAACUCACGAACCCGCCGUCGGCUAAUGAGGAGAAUUCGCACGACGUUUCUGGAAUUACCGUCUUACCUCAAGCCGGUUCUGAUGACAAUCUCUUUCAGUCAGGUGAUGUUUGCUCUAAGGAAACUGAAGAGGUCAUCGGAUGCAGACCAAGUUGUGAAAGCAACGAUGAAAGAAACGGGGAUGGGAGUGAAACUAGGAGCAGUGAUGAUAGCUUGCAACUAGACCAAGAGACUGCAGCCAUGGCCUUUCUUCUCGUGGGCGAGGUUGACGGUGAAGGGGGUAGUGGAAGCGACUGGUCCGCUGCUCAUCAGGCUGCCCUCCCAGAAUUUUCUCAACAGCAGUCGCCGGACUUUUCGGCUGUGGAGCGAAUAUCUGAUGGUGUCCAUCCGAGAGGCAGAGAAGAAUUUGAUGGGGGUGCCUCUAAUGGCCUCGUCGAGAACAGGCUUGCCGUUGAAGAAUUGAGGGGGACUGGUAAUGACGACAACAGAAACGAACUCGUGGGCGGCCCUUUUGGUCAGCGUGGAGUUAGAAGGAGAUGUUUGGACUUUGAAAAUGCUCGCCGUAAGAGUAUGGGAGGCGGCGUCUCCAGGAAAUCUUUGGGGCAGAGACCCAAGUCAGUGGUCGGGCCAUCAGAGCUGACAACCUCGAGAAACGUUCCUCCUUCAGUUCUUAGUGAGAGGGCUGCGGCAACUUCAGAUGCCACAAACAGUUGCCCUUCUGUGGGCUCAACCGAAGAACCUCAAUCCAACACGCCUGGCCAACCCAGACCUAUAUUAAGUGGCACCAACUUGAAGUCUCCUGGUUUGUUAAGACUAACUAGCUUUCAGAGAGACAUAUCAAGCACAGAAAAAUUGGUUGUGGAGACAACCCGAACUGUGAUAGAGUCCUCUACCAAUCGAACUGCACCCUCUGGUAUCGGACUGCACCUUAACAGCUUAACGGGUAAUACUGGUCUGCAUCUCAAUAGUCUAACAGGUAGUAUUUCCUUUUCGCCGAACAACAGGGAUGUGAGCCAAUCUUUGGGUAUCGGGUCGGCGUCGAAAGGAGCCGUCGCGUCACUGCUUGGGAUAAGCGGUAUGAGCGGCAAUCCAAACGAAAUCAGAUGUGAAGGUUUCACGACGAGUAUGGCGGGUAUAGGUCCGGGUACUAAGUGUUUCGCAAUGAAUUCUUCUACGUCACUGUACACCUCAGGUGUUUCAGUCCCAUUCUUAGAACGAAAUCGAAUGCCUUCCCGGGACACUACCCCUAUCAUGGAUAUGGCAAGGGAGAUUGCCAAAAGCAACGACAUUCAUCCCUCGACAGGUGGAAGCAGGCAGUCACAUGACGAAAGCAGAUCACUGGGGUCAGAUGUCUUAGAUAAGAAAGCUUGUCCGAUUGGGAAGAAACGCCUUCUCCACCAUGACGCCCUCCAGCAGUCAAAUCUUGACUAUGCGGAGGAGUAUGAUAGUCCACGGAGCCCCAAGAAGAAGAGGAAAUCCCCUACAUCUGCAGGCGAGAAAUCUGGAGAAGGAUGCAAGCGCUGUAACUGCAAGAAAUCAAAAUGCCUGAAGUUGUACUGUGAGUGUUUUGCUGCGGGCACAUAUUGUGUUGGAUCGUGCACAUGCCACGAUUGCUUCAACAAACCUGAACAUGAAGACACCGUUCUUGCCACCCGUCAGCAGAUCGAAUCUCGCAAUCCUCUUGCAUUUGCUCCGAAGAUUAUACACGCGGCCGAUUCUUCACCCAAACGAGGAGAGGAAGUUAUCGACACUCCCGCAUCAGCAAGGCAUAAAAGAGGUUGCAACUGCAAGAAGUCUCUAUGUCUGAAGAAGUACUGCGAAUGCUAUCAGGCUGGUGUAGGGUGCUCGGAAGGAUGCCGCUGUGAAGGUUGCAAGAAUAUGUACGGUCGGAAAGAAGCGAACGAAGAAGCCGACGAGAAGGAGAUCCUUCUGGAGGCUCUUGAAAAAGAAUCCCAAGAAGAUUUUGACGACUUAUCAAAGCCUGAGCAUGCCAGUGCACUGAUUUUGGAACAACAUCGUCACAUGGGAAAAGACCUGUCCCCGAUCACACCAUCGGUUCAGUACACUGGGCAAGGCAGGGCCAUUGGGAGAACUAGGUCUCUUGGAAAGAAGCGCUCGUCUUCUCCAUUGUCUCAGCCUUGUGGAGGUCUUCUGCAAAGAUCCCCGACUGAUUCUUCUCAGUCUCCCUUGAACCUCUGUGGCGAUGGUAAUUUUAGCGCCCAUCAAAACCCAGAGUUCCAGCUUUCAAAGAUAGAGCGUUCUCCAAAUUCUACUCCUAAGUUUACUCGAAUAAGCCAGCUCUCUCCUCGCUGGGAACGUCUCGGUGACAUUUGUACUCUCACUCCUCUACCUCAAGCUCCUCUAAGACCAACUCCUGCAUCGAUUUCCACCCUUGAGAGGACUGGAGCAUCUCCUUGUUUCAAUCGGCAAAGCAUGGAGGCCGUAAGUUCGUACCAAUCUGACUUGGCGGACUUCACUUCUCUAGGCAAACCUUCAUCAUUUCAGUUGCCUCCAGAUGACUCUCCACCGUCACCAUCAAAUAGACGAAUGUCUCAGUCGACAAGCCGUCAGACUCCCUGCACCCCUUCUCUGUCGUCAUCAGCUUUCACAGGGAAAGAAGAAAUGAAGUUCGGGGACAGCCGGUCGGGUCAGUUUGCGUGUUACUCACAAGACGACGACGAUACUCCUGACUUCCUGAGGUAUUCUGAAGACGCACAUUCUCCCCUUAUUAGCAAGACAAGUUCCCCUAAGCAAAAGAGAGUUUCUCCCCCUCACUUUGAGGGACUGAGAGAAAAGUGUAGGGGAGAUAGUAGAAACAUUUUUGAUUCUCCAGCAAGGUCGUCACCUGGUCUAAGGAGUAGUCGGAAGUUCAUUCUGACUGCCAUUUCCGGUCUGCCAUCGCCCCAUUCGAUGGGACCCACUCUUCAAGGUCACAUUGGCAACAGCCAGAAAAAAGGCUGAUGAAGCCAGUAAUUGUUUAUCCGGACUAAUGUCGAAGGCUCGAGUUGGCCUGCUUUUCGGGAAGGUGCCUGUGAGAACUGCCAAGACCUCUGAAUCUGUGACGUUCACACGAGUCUUGGAUUUCCUGUUCGAACAUGUGGAGUUCGUACAGGCUCAAAUUUCGAAAAGGGGUUGAUCAACUGCAGCUAGACUGAGUUGAUGAAGAUGGUGUUGAGUAUUCAUCUUCGACGUCUCUGCUCUCUAUGGAGGUCUGAAUAUGGAUCCUGACGAUAGGCAACUUGUAAUCAUUGGAACCUUUCAAGUUGUUUAGUUUCCAUGAAGCUGGAAACUGCUGGAACUAAGGGUUUUCAAAUUACGUCUCAUCGGCGCACUUUCCCUACGGUGGCAAGGAAAACGAGGUGAUCACGCACCUCAAUGGUCAAGAGGGUUUUCAAUGUUUCUCGCAGCACUAUUUUGGUGGGGAUUUCAUGAAGCCUUUAUCGGUACCGCGCAGGUAAACUCUUGUAUAGUAGUCUCAAGGUGGAUUUAAACUAGAGGACCUUAUAACUUCAACUUACUGCGACGAAUGUCUGUGAGACCAAGUGCAACCUACUGUCUCAUUGGUUGGACUGGCGCUUUAAAUGUGAAGUCUUAAGUUUUUGAGGUUCAUUCAAUUUAUCUAGGUGCAACUUCCUUAUAGAAUGUGGUACCAUUCUUUUGUGAUCUUCUGAGCCGAAACUAGAAGUUAAAUACAGAAGAGCUAAAGCUCAUCGGCCGGAAGUCUGCUCACUCCCAUUUGGCAUGAAAAUGUAAACUUGCUUUUUUAGUUAUGUAAACUUUACGUCCACAAUUAUGAUUGCAGAAAGUGGGUUUUACUAGGAGGCAGUGGUGCCUGCAAUAAAUCAGCAACCUAGAUAACUCCCUAUUUCUUGUAUACACGCACUAGAUAGCAUAGAACUGUGUGCUUCGAACUGUCAUACUGAAUAUAAUAAUUGA